CGCAUACACGCUGGUGUGAGAUUUUCUAGGCUCUCGGCAGCAGAAAGAGAAAGAGGGAGACGCGGAGGAGAGAGCAGCAGCCCCACCGAUCCUCAAUCGAGAGAGGCAUCGUCUGGAGCAAGAGCUGGGCGGGGAGAUAACUGCGGUACUGAAGAAAUACUUCAUUGCCGAACUGCAGCAAUCUAUCGGCAGCGCAACUUCGUCCCCAUAACGCAAAAUGUCAUCGUCGGGAAAAGACAACAGCUCGCAACAUGCGAAUUACGUGGGACCGUAUCGCCUGGAAAAGACGCUUGGCAAAGGACAGACAGGCCUUGUGAAACUUGGCAUCCACUGUGUCACAUGUCAGAAAGUUGCUAUUAAAAUUGUAAACCGGGAGAAACUCAGCGAGUCUGUCUUAAUGAAGGUGGAGAGAGAAAUAGCUAUUCUGAAACUCAUAGAACACCCUCAUGUUUUGAAGUUACACGACGUCUAUGAAAAUAAAAAAUAUUUAUAUUUGGUUCUAGAGCAUGUGUCAGGUGGAGAGCUCUUUGACUACCUGGUAAAGAAGGGCAGAUUAACACCCAAAGAGGCGAGGAAGUUUUUCAGACAGAUCAUCUCCGCACUGGACUUCUGCCACAGUCACUCUAUAUGCCACAGAGACCUGAAGCCAGAGAACUUGCUGCUGGAUGAGAAAAAUAACAUCAGGAUAGCAGACUUUGGCAUGGCUUCUCUACAGGUUGGAGACAGUCUCUUAGAAACCAGCUGUGGAUCGCCUCACUAUGCUUGUCCAGAGGUUAUACGGGGGGAGAAAUAUGAUGGCAGGAAAGCUGAUGUAUGGAGCUGUGGAGUCAUUCUCUUUGCACUUCUAGUGGGUGCUUUGCCGUUUGACGAUGACAACCUGAGGAACCUGCUAGAGAAAGUGAAGCUGGGGGUCUUCCACAUGCCCCAUUUCAUUCCUCCAGACUGUCAGAACCUCCUGAGGGGGAUGAUAGAGGUGGACGCCACCAAGCGACUCACGUUAGAACAGAUACAGAAGCACACAUGGUACAUAGGAGGGAAGAAUGAACCAGAACCGGAACAGCCUGUGCCGCGGAAAGUGGCGAUUCGCAUGCUACCCUCCACCGAGGAAAUCGACCCAGAUGUGCUGGAAAGCAUGCACUCACUGGGCUGUUUCAGAGACAAGAACAAACUGAUGAAAGACCUGCUGUCAGACGAAGACAACCAGGAAAAGAUGAUCUACUUCCUCCUGUUGGACCGUAAGGAGAGAUAUCCAAGCCAUGAGGAUCAGAAUCUACCACCCAGAAAUGAGAUAGAUCCUCCCAGGAAACGAGUGGAUUCUCCACUCUUGACCAGACACAACAAGAGGAGGCCAGAGCGCAAGUCGAUGGAGGUGCUGAGUGUAACCGAAGGCGGUUCUCCUGUUCCUGUGAGACGAGCAAUUGACAUGGCACAACAUGGACAGAGGUACAGAAUUGGUAAAUCUGUUUUCAGUAAAAGCUUGGAUAUCUCAGAUGCCAACCCCAUACUGCAAAGCAAGGACGAGAGGUCUCGGUCCAUCAGCGGAGCCUCAUCUGGUCUGUCCACAAGUCCGCUCAGCAGUCCUCGGCCCAUGCGGCGAUUCGCUGUUCCCCCGCAAUCCGCAGAUCUCACAUAUUCGCCAAACAACAGCCCCACUCACGCUCCUGUGUCGCGGUUUAACGGCACAGGCCCCCAUUCCCCCAAAACCUUUCAACCAAAGACAGUUGUCCUUCAAUUCAACAACAAAACCCAGACCCUACCAGCCAAGCCCAAAGUCGCAGACAAGCCCCUGCAAGCCACCAGGUCCAACCCACUACCUGACACAACGGCCACGCCAUCAGCGGCAAAAUCUGAACCGUCUACGCCCUCCACGCCCUCCCAUCCCCUGCCGCCACCAAUACCCAACAGCCCCAAGGUGCGGCGACCUCCUCUCACGGUGCCUCCCAAACUCUCCGUUCCCCUUUCUCCCCUUUCGCCCAUCCGGCUUCACCAUCUCCACCCGCUGGCCGGGACUGACCACAACGGCAAAUCUAUCCCCACCAUACAGGUUACGCCCCACCCCUCCCCCAGGGGUAGCCCGCUGCCGACGCCAAAAGGGACGCCGGUGCACACACCUAAGGAGAGCCCAGCGGGGACCCCCAGCCCAACACCACCCCCAAGCCCAUCCAUCGGAGGCUUGCCCUGGAGGACACGCCUCAACUCAAUCAGGAACAGCUUCCUUGGCUCACCACGCUUCCAUCGCAGGAAACUACAAGUUCCCACGCAAGAGGAGAUGUCCAGCCUAACACCAGAGUCUUCCCCCGAACUUGCCAAAAAAUCUUGGUUUGGAAACUUUAUCAACCUUGAAAAGGAGGAGCAGAUCUUUGUGGUGAUUCGAGACAAGCCCCUGAGCUCCAUCAAAGCAGAUAUCGUCCAUGCCUUUCUUUCUAUUCCCAGCCUCAGCCACAGUGUGGUGUCUCAGACGAGUUUCCGGGCAGAAUACAAGUCUACGGCCAGCCCGACCGUGUUCCAAAAACCAGUGAAGUUCCAGGUGGACAUCACCUACACCGAAAGCACGGCUGCCACUAAGGAGAACGGCAUCUACUCCGUCACUUUCACUCUGCUCUCAGGUCCCAGCCGACGCUUCAAACGGGUGGUGGAUACGAUUCAGACUCAGUUGUUAAGUACACACGACCAGCCCGGUGUUCAGCAGCUGCCUGGCAGCCCAUUGAGUAACUUCUUUGACGUAAUUAAACAGCUCUUUUCAGACGAGAAGAACGGGCAGGUGUCCCAUCCGCCCGGCACACCCAAGCAUGUUGCCAACAGCAAGAGACAUGACCCAGAACCUAAUGCCUCCAAAUGUCCAUCUGGCCAAGACAAAGCCUAGAUGGCAUCAUCAGUUGGGACACAGGAACAACCUUAUAACCAGGAGAAUUACUAAUUUACUAGUUAAAAAGUCAAGUUGUGGUGAAAACUGAAGGGAUGCUGUUGACUCGAGUUGGUUUUAAGCGUGAAUCCUGCAACAAACAUGCCUACAAAGUUUUAUAUCACAAGAUUAAUAUUGAAGUACUGUAUGUACCUACCAGACACUUUACAAAAGGCACACCAAGGCGUACUGCACACAUUUCUCUCCAGUGUUGUUUGCUCCUUACAGUAUAUCUUUGUUUUAUGAUGCCUUUAUUUAUUUCUGCUACCAGGAAUUAUCCAGAAAACGUGUUAAGUCCAAGUCCUGCUCUUGCACAAGAUUCAUGAAUGGCACAUUGAUGGAGGGCACAUUACAGUACAAGCUGAUGGAAACUCCUCAUUCUGAUGCAUCUAAACUUCUCAAAUCCCAACCAGAUCUGUUCCAACUUAUUCCUCAAACUGCUUUCUUCUGCAUCUACAUACAGCCCCACAUGUCCAAGGAUUUGGAGCGAAGCCUUAAAAUAAAGAUGUUUAUUGUACAAUAAAUCAAUUCUCAUUAUGCUAACCCCCUGCUUUCCACCUUUCUUUCGUUUUUUAAUCUAUCUGCUUGUCCUCUCUCUUUUUCUCUCUUUCUGUCCUAUGCUGAAACACACAUUCACAAACACAGAUAUUAACAAAUGAAGAAGGAAAUUGUUGCAAAAGGACAAAAGACAGUUGGAACUUUGGACGUCGUAAUGCGUUUGAGGAGUUGCCCUCAAGGACCCUUGUUGGAUUGUAUUCAUUUCAAUGUAGUCUUUCUUUGUGAAAUGAAGAAUUUAAACAUUUUAUGGACUCAGUGUCAUUGCUGUACAAGAUUUGGAGAUCCUAUUUGAAAAAUUAUGGGGAGAACAUCUUUGGUGUUGGUUGUGAAGUGGGAUAACAGGGUGGGGGGAUCACAGUGAAAUGAUUUAUUCUGUUGUACAGACUGAAAAUAUUCCUUAUGUAUGAAAUGUCAAUCAGUGACAUUGCUUAGAUGAAUUGUGUUUCCACAUUCUGUUUUUUCCUCAUGUAGCGUUAAUGAAACGUUAGUUUGAAAUGAAAAUUAUGCGUAAUGUAUUCAAAGGUUACUCAUGAUGUCCAUUUUAAUUUAUGUUUUGGUUUCCUUUUGAGAAACAUCUGCAGGAUUCAGAGAACUUUUACCCUCAUUUUUGUAACUUAUUUAUCUGUUAUUGUCUUUUUUUAUUUAUUCAGCUGGGGAAUAUUUAUAUAUACAAAACCGGGUGGUGGAGAUUUUAUCGUCUGCCUCAGGGCGACUCGUCAAGAUUGUUUGAAGGAUUUUGUGUUUUGUGUACAAUAACACACAUCCGAUUUUGUGAAUGAAGCACUCUCUUUCCCGGCUUUGUCCAGAUAAAAGAGCGUGUAGUAUAUGUUAAAUUAUUUACCGGUAAUUUAAGAAUGUAGACUAGCCUUUAGGUGGGGGGGCGAUGGAUAAUGAAGUAUUGAUAUUUGUCACUCAUCUCAUUGUGCGUGUAUAACAGGUGGACAUGCUCAAAUCACACGUUGUAAAUAGACAACUUUGAGCAAACAACUUUUCUAAAAAACAUCAAGGGGAUGCCGCAGCUCCUGGCUCGAUCUCUCGUAAUGCAUGUCCGACAUUCGGCAUUAAUUUGCAUGGUGUUAAAUUUCUCCUCAUCCUCUUUUUCACAAUCAGAUUUAUAAGACUUGUUUCCUGCCUUUUACCCCUCAUGUCAUGCGUCAUGAGAUUUAAGUUUGUCAUUUACCCUCCUCAUCUCCCUUACAUUCUCUCGUCUGUAUCAUACUCUCGGAUUUGGGGGUGGGUGGUCUGGGAUGUCACACACAUGAUCACUUACGGGAACAUACAGCGUGGAGAAAAAGCGGAGAUGUAAUCUAAGCAAUACACAUUAUUGUCCUUCCUAUUUUGUACUUUGGGAGAAAGGCUGGAUGAUGUAAUGUAUCACGGAUUUGAGCGGGAAGAAUAGACUUGCCGCUAAUGUAUCCCCUUGUAACUACUGUGAACAACUUCAGUGCAAAGGAAAUAAAUCCAUUGACUUUG